UUAUCAUCCAUUCCUCUCCCAAAAAGGUGUAAUUAUCUCAUUUUAAUGAAAUUUCAGAAAUGUUUUACUGGAAGAAAUGUAAAACACUAAAACUUAGUAACUUUUGGCAAGUUUUUCAAUAUUUUAAUCAUCAAGAGUAAUUGUGAUUUUACUAAGUUAAGUUUACGGCGAUUACUAAUAGAUCGACUCAAGAAAAUAUCAUUCAUUCAUGUGUGGAGCAAUGAUAACCCGUCAUAACCAAAUAGGUUUCUUUUGUUAAACUAUAAUAAAUUAUGUUAUUAAUUUAAGAAAAUGAAAGAAAUGCUGAUACAUGUAUUUUGUCCUCUCCAAAGACAUACUUUGCACACGGAGUCGACUCAUCAGUUUCAUAAUCGCAAGGUGGUGGCAUGGAGUCAUGGACCAUACUGAUUGCUCACGUUUGAAUUGUCAACUCCUUUCUUCUAAAUGGUGUCGACCUUUAUGAAAUAUCCAAUAUAUAUUUUAAAUCCGGUAAAUGUGUUAAUAAAUCAAUGAUGUUCCAUGCACAUAUGGAAAAUUAAUUAUUCAAUAAUAUAUAAAGGAUAAAAACAAUUUACUUAUUGUAUAUUAGUUUUAAGUUAAAAAUAUAUGAUAAGUAUGAAUUUAACAUGGUAUCAUAGCUCUUUAAUGUUGAGUCACUCUGUCAAUGUUGUUCAUAUAAUUGUCACACAUAAUCAUAAGGUUUCACAUUGGUAGUCAGAGAAUUAAUUCCAUUUUUCGCCAAUUAGUUUAAAUACUUGUGAUAAAGUCGAAUUUAACAAGAUAAGAAACCAAAAAAAAAACUAUUAUCUAUUUAUUACAUAAAGAGUUGUGUUUACCAUUGUUUUUCUUUCUAAGAAAAGGCUUUGUGUAUACCUCUCAUUUUUCUUCCAACAAUAUGCAUUUUAGAGCUAUUGUCGGAGGUGCUCUACCCUUUUGAGUGAACCAAAGCAUGAUCCUCCAAGUUUUGAUUCUGAGUAUAUUAAGUGAUGUUUUUAGCAAAAAAAAAAGUGUCAAAAUUGAUGCUGAGUUCCUAUUAGUCACGUGCCAAAAUGUCACCAUAUAUACUCCAGCACGUUCUUGUGUAUUCACACGUUCCCAAGUGGCUUCCUUUGUUGGCGGUCCUAACAAAUAGGUUGCAACUUGCCAAGGUAAGCCCCAAAAGUUUAGGUAUUCAACGAAAAUAUCCUUUUCUUGGAUAUCUCUAGAAAUAUCACAACUUUUGAAGCAAUCCUAAAACUUGGAAAGUGUUCAGAUUCGUAACAGCCACUAACUUAAAUCUUGGCGAUAAGCAGUAUACUUUUCAACAAACUCACUCAAAAGGUCCAUUGUUAUCGUACUGCUUUAAUUUCGCAGUAUAUAGACAGCUGGAAUAUAUAUAUCCAUAUAAGUUACUUACACCGAAAAACAUUUUAUUUAUUCAUAAAUAUGAUCAAUUAAUAAUUCAGUUAAAAGAAUCGUUUAAAAACAUAAUAAAUGCCUCAUUUCCGCCUCUGAAUUUUGUUCAGAACUACGGCUUGGCCAUCUUUCCAGUUCUAGAUUAGCAACUUCUUUGGUUUUGUCCCAUUUUCAGAAUUGGAAAAUGGUGCUGGAAAAGAGAGUGGCAAACUGAGGUGCUACUUUCAUCGUUAAAGUGUUCUUAGGUUGGAUCUGUUACAUUCUUAUGUGGCUGCAGGUCCACCUGGAUGGUUAAAGACUUAAAGGAGCUCUUUGUAAAUGAAAGUUGUUUGGCCUCUGCUCCAGUCAAUCCUAGUUAAUUUUUGGGGUGUUAUGGGAUUGUAUAGGACCUUUUGAUUGGCGUAAGCUGUGGUAUAGUUGUGAUUAAGAUCCCGAAGCUUGGUGUAAUGGUCGGAGCCUGGUGCUAUUUGUUCAAUUAUAAUGUAGCAUAUAAUUUCUACGUACUAUAAGAAAUAGCAUUAGCGAUGAUUAUUUUUUAUAAAAUAAUGAUAAAUCUUUGCGUUCAAGUAAUCCGGACGUCUAGUCGUCUACGGAAUUUCUUAUUCAAACUUGGAAAGAGUGAAAUAGCUGACUAAAGGUAGAAAACUAUAUAAAAACUUUCAGUUCUGAUGUAUCUUCUUAACUCAUUUAUUCUCUCAUUAAUGUUAUAUCGUCGCUUUCUAAUCUACCUACCAUGCAUGCUUAUUUAAUCACGAGGAAUAAUAAGUUUAAAAACUUGGAAAAUCUCCCUCACUCGUACUCAAAUUUACGCGGUAUCUCCGAAUAAGGUCGAGUCUAAUAUACAACAAUUAUAAAUCUUAAAGUCAACUGAUUUUUUUCUGAAAAACUUUGUUCGCGAUCUACGCGAUUAAGUUUUAUUUUCAGGAUUUAUCUGAUCUGUAAAAUUCGUUAGAUAAUUGUUACGUACCCGGGACGUUCAAAAUUGGUUUAAUGGAUCAACUAAGGCGGUGUUUGAGAGUUUAUUACGUACUAGAACAUCUAGUAACAUAUUUAAAAAAAAACAUCUAGUAACAUAUAUAUUUGGGAUUUAUUUUCUGUAAAAUAUUGACCUAAAAAUUGUUGUUGUUUUUUUUAAAACCUAAAAAAUGUUUUUAAACUAAUUUACACCAAUGCACAUUUUCCACGUACUUCUUUAAUUAUUUUGGUUUACAUUACAUGUAAAGACUUUUGUUAUAUAAUAUUACACCGAAAUCCACAAGAUUACACGACGUGAUUAAGAUAAUUGGAAAGACUAAACUUGGGGUUCCUAUUUUGACAACUGUUGUGAAUUUGUAGCAUUAUAUAGUUGUUCUUAGUUGAAGUUGUUAUUAGAUUUGAUUAGAGUAAAUUAAUCGUCGAGUCGUCUUAUACUGCUUUUCCCCGCGGUUAGUUGAAACAGAAAAACUUAUACUUUACAAUAAACUAUUAAUUUUGGUCUUCAGAAUGAAAUAAUUUAUACUAUUAAUUCCCUGUUUUGACUAAUAUUUUUAGUUUCUUUUAGCCAGAGUCACAUACCCAUACAGUACAUGCAUGAAUACAAACUGGGGAUUGUGCCACGUUACGAAAAUUCUUACGUUUAUUGAGUGAUGAUUUACUUGUACAAAAAGUGAAGACAUUUGACCAAGACAAAAGACGAAGCACGGUGUUUACUUUUAGGGAGAAAUUAAAGGAAGAUAUCCCUAACUUUUUCUGUUUUGAAUUUUCAAUGGCAUAUUAUUAUUUUUUUGAAGAAACAAAAAUAUAAAUCGCCAAGAUCAAGCAAAUUAUGUUAGAUGAAAAUAUUGUCAUCUUUUAAAAAGUAUAGCUAAUUUAUCAUAUGACUAGAAAAAUCAAGCCUCUACGUAUGGUUAAAACUCGAAUUUUAAAAUCUCUUAACAGUCUAUCAUUACACAUUUAAGUAUAACUACAUGGGUUAAUUACAUUCGUAGUUAAUACAUAUAUAUAUGACGAAAGGCAUAGUAGUCGACAUAAAAGAAGUAACCACCGGAGAGACAAAAGCCACUUGUAGGAUACACGACGAUGUACAAUAAAGCCAGACCAGACCCUACACUGAUCCAUUGUCACUCAGAGUGAUCUUUUAAUCGAAUGUUUCCAAAAACCUAUAUUAUAAAAAAAAAUGAAAUCUAUAGUUUCAAGGGAAAGGAAAAAAUGUAUAUCCAAAAUUCUAAAAUCCACCCUAGUCACAUCGUAUUUUUCCCGGCACUGUCUUAUUUAUUACGUAUUUUCUAUUAUAUAUUUUCCUUUGAAGUCAACAUAGGAGAAUCUAGUUGACAUAUGAACACAUAGCGAAUGUACACACCCUACUCUUUUCUCGUUUUGGUUAUAAUUGCCAAAUUAAUUCGAAUCAAACGAAACAAGCCAAGUCAAUAGACGUAGUUCACGUAUGCAACUAGUUUGACUAAAUUGAAGUUUGAAUAUUCUUGGUUCCUUAAUACGAUUUCGUUUGCCUAUAUAAAACCUUACCAUAUCCGAUCGUUUCAGUCACAACCCAAAUCUCAUUACAUUCAUUUCAUUUAUUUAUAUAAGUUUGAAAAAAAUAAGUAAAUAACCCCAGCUUCAUUCCUUAAAGAUCAUAAGUUGCAAAACAAGAUGAUGCCAGGAAAGAAGAUUUACGCAGCUAAGAACUCGUUUGGCCGAUCCAAUUUCCCUGAAGGCUUCUUGUUCGGGACCGCCUCAUCGGCUUACCAAUACGAAGGAGCCGUGAACGAUGCAUCUCGGGGGCUAAGUGUUUGGGAUACUUUUGUCCGCAAGCAUCCAGAAAGGAAUUGUUACUCUCAUGCGGACCAAGCAGUGGAGUUUUAUCACCAUUACAAGGAGGAUAUCCAACGAAUGAAAGAUAUCAAUAUGGAUUCAUUCAGAUUCUCAAUCUCAUGGCCUCGGCUUUUUCCUCAUGGAAAGAAAAGCAAAGGAGUGAACAAGGAGGGAAUCAAAUUCUACAACGACCUCAUCGACGAACUCCUAGCCAACGGAAUCACACCUCUAGCGACUUUGUUCCAUUGGGAUACUCCACAAGCCUUAGAAGAUGAAUACAACGGGUUUUUAAGCGAAAAAGCUGUUGAUGAUUUCCGCGAUUUUGCUACCAUAUGUUUUGAGGAAUUUGGCGACCGUGUGAAAUAUUGGGUGACACUAAAUGAGCCAUGGGUUUACAGUAUUGGUGGUUACGAUACAGGGAGAAAAGCUCCUGGCCGCGCCUCUAAUUACAUGAACGAAGCAGCUUUAGCCGGUGAAUCUGGUCUGGAGGUGUACACUGUUAGUCACAAUCUACUCUUAGCUCAUGCUGAAGCUGUUGAAGUCUUCAGAAAUAACCCAAAGUGUAAAGAUGGAAAAAUCGGUAUUGCACAUUGUCCGGUCUGGUUCGAACCUUACGACUCGAACUGUCCUGAUGAUCACGAAGCAGUUGAGCGUGCCAUGGAAUUUAUGUUUGGGUGGCAUAUGGAUCCAACGGUCUAUGGAGAUUAUCCACAAGUCAUGAAAAGAUCAAUAGGAAAAAGAUUACCGUCGUUUACUGCAGCUCAAUCUCAGAAAUUAAAAGGAUCUUUUGACUUCGUGGGAGUAAAUUAUUACAGUGCCUUUUACGUUAAAAAUGUUACUGACGUCGAUCAUAACACUCCAAAUUGGAGAUCCGACGCAUGCAUCGAAUGGAAAAAACAAAACAAAGCUGGAGAAAUUUUGGGACCUAGAGGUGUUUCAGAAUGGGACUUUUUAUACCCGCAAGGAUUAAGAAAGUUUCUAAAUCAUGCAAAAAACAAAUACGGAAGCCCUAAAUUUAUGAUAACUGAAAAUGGACAUUGCGAUAUUGACUAUGAAAAGAAAGCUAAACUCUCGAAUCUGAUGGAUCUUCAGAGGACAGAGUACCAUGAAAAACAUCUCCAAAGCAUCCACCAGGCCAUCAAGGAGGAUGGUGUUCAAGUAGAAGGGUACUAUGCAUGGUCAUUGCUUGACAAUUGCGAAUGGAACGCUGGUUAUGGUGUUAGAUACGGACUAUUUUACGUAGACUACAACAAUGGUUUAAAACGUUAUCCAAAAAUGUCGGCAAUGUGGUUCAAAGAGUUUUUGAAGAAAGAAGAGAUUGAAGAUUCCGAGAAAGAAGGAUUAAUGUUGAACUCUCUUGUUAAUAAGAAGAGGAAGAGAUUCUUAACAUCUUCUGGUUUGCCUUCCUGUUAUAUACCUAAGAUGUCCGAAUCCUCUAAAGCCCUUGAACUCUUUUUCUAA